UAUGUUGUUAUCUUUAAAAUGACGUUGAGCAUUAGCAACGUGAUGAGUUUGUGUUAUGUUACUUCUAUCCUCAAAACACACACACUCCUCUCUGGCAGCGUGUGUGAGUAAAUUUCAAAGUCAAGUGAAGUGAAGAAAAAUGGGAAGAUCUCCUUGUUGUUCAAAAGUAGGAUUGCAGAAAGGUCCAUGGUCCUCCGAAGAAGACACUUUGCUAAGAAAUUAUAUUCAACAGCAUGGUGAAGGCCAGUGGAGAUCCGUACCCAACAAAGCUGGGCUGCUAAGAUGUGGGAAGAGCUGCAGAUUGAGAUGGAUGAACUAUCUCCGACCUGGAAUCAAGAGAGGAAACAUCACUACCGACGAGGAAGAUCUUAUCAUCAGACUUCAUUCCCUGUUGGGCAAUCGCUGGACACUGAUCGCCGGAAGAUUGCCAGGUCGAACCGACAAUGAGGUCAAGAAUCACUGGAACACCCAUAUGUUGAAGAAACUCAAGAAUUCAGGUAUUCAACCAAAAAUACCCAAGCAUUCGACGAAACUCCCCGGCCAAGAGACCCAAAAUGCAGUUGAACCAGAAACGGACAAGCGUUCAACGAAAUGCCCCGAAGCAGAGACCCAAAAUGCAGUUGAACCAGAAGCAGACAAGCGUUCGAAAAAAAGCCUACAGAAGCAAACCAAAUCUACAGUGCCAGAAACUGGCAUUUCCAGAAGACGAACGAAGAAGGAAAGGAACGGUACACAAGGUAGCGAGACCAGGACGCUCCAUAUUCCGAAACCCAUAAGGCUUUCUUCGGUAUGUUCGAGGAGUAACAGCUUAGACAGUUUGUUGAGUGCUGCAUCGUCUGGUGAUGUUUCAGUCGACACAGAAAAGUUUAAACUUUGGCCUUUGGUUGAGCCUGAUCAUGCAAAUCAUGGGGGGUUUGAUAAAGUUUUUGAUGAAUAUAAAGAUUUUUUCAGCACCUAUGAAUUUCCCCUCCAUUAUUCGGAUUCUUCGAGUUCCGUAAAAAUGCUGGAGAAGGUGUACGAUGAAUAUCUUCAGCUGCUGUAGGAAAAAUACAGCAUGAUUGGCUAUAUGAUCAGAAAAUAGUAUGGUACUUUAUGAAUAUUCCCCUGGUUUUGAUUAAUGUUUCGAUGUAAUUAUUUGUUAUUCAUGCGUUUGCUAGUUUUCAUAUAUGUACGUUUGUCUUAAAUUAUUAUACAUUUGAGUACACAACAUAAA